UGGUGGACAUGCCAGGUGGAUUAACCUUGGAGCCCACAAAUCAGAAGUCAAGUCAAAGAGAUGUAGUCAAAAAGUUUGGCUCCGAAAAUUCCAGCGGUUAUAACAUUGGUGAAGAGUCGCCAAAUAAAGAACAACCGGAAAUUGUAGGUACUCAAACCCUUGAACGCAUUCCACACAGCAUUGAACAGCAAAGUGAUUUGGAGAAAUCUUGUGAGGUUGUUCCUGAAGUUCUGCCAGUGGAUUCGUCUUAUGAAAUAGAAAUGGAGCACAGUGAAACAGAUCAGAGACCAUCAAGUAAGGUACAUCCGCCAGUUCAAGAUUCUAACAGUGUUGGCAAAGUCAACCAAUUACAAGGUGUGUUAGAACAGGAGGAGCUGAACCAGUCAGAUGUUGACCAAUCAAAAAGCCUUGUAAAUGUAGAAGAGUAUUCCAGAAACAAUCCUCAUGCAGGCCAACCAAAAAGCUUGUUAAAACAGGAGACACAAGAUAAGCCUUGUUUACCUCAAUCGGAAAGCCCAGCACAACAGGACGUUAGACAUCCCGAUUCAGUCUGCAUCCAGUCUGCCAACCACACAGAUGUGAACCAAUCAAUAAGCCCCAUAGAAGAGAAGGCAAGAAACAAUCCUCAUGCAGGCCAAUCACAAAGCUUGUUAGAACAGGAGACACAGGACUAUCCUUGUGUGAACCAAUCAGAAAGCCCAGCACAACAGGAAGGUGGACACCCUGAUCCAGUCUGCCACCAGUCUGCCAACCAGUCAGAUGUUGACCAAUCAAAAAGCCCCAUAGAAGAGAUUGCAAGAUUAAACAAUCCUAAUGUACAUGUAGGCCAGUCAAAAAGCUUGACAUUAGAACAGGAGACACAAGAUAACCCUUGUGUUAGCCAAUCAGAAAGCCCAGCACAACAGGAAAAUGGACGCCCCGAUUCAGUCUGCCACCAAGAGCGUUUUCACCAAGGCUUAAGAAGCUUCUGUAGGCUUGUGGAAUCCGAGGAGUUGCUUGGACUUGCAGACCCUCAUGUCAGUACCCUGACUCUAGAGAGAGCCCCUGCUGGUCAGGACUUUCCUUUCAAAAAGUUCCUGCUGAAACUCACAGGAAUUACGGAACUAAAUUUGUCGGGGAAUCAACUCGGCCCUCAGGCAUUCAGAGUGAUUGCCAUGGCAGUGAGUCACAACAACACCAUCCAGUCUUUAGAUCUCUCCAACAAUUGUUCAGAUACCGAUAGCUCAGAAUGUCUCGGGAAGAUGCUGUCAAUGAACUCCUCUUUGAUCAACCUGAAUGUGUCUAGCAACCAGCUUGGAAAAGACUUCUUCUCCCGUUGUGUUGGACCUGCUCUUGGAACUAACAAAACCCUCAAGACAUUGAGUGCAUCAAGCUGUGGGAUAUCCAACUUGAACGUCUUGCUGGAGAAUCUCCUCCAUAACUCCACUCUAGAGGAGCUGGACAUCAGUCACAAUCACAUGACGGACAGUCAAGACUUUGCACAGAGACUCAAGGAAGUAUUGCAGUCUCCAAACUGCUCUCUGAAGACUCUGCAGUUGAGGAAUUGCGGCAUUGGGAAUGAGGGCAUGAGAUUACUGAUGGAGGCUUUGUGUCUAAAUACAUCGCUGGAAAAGCUCCAUGCUGGAGGAAAUACGGUGGCCAACCUAUCUGAGCUAACCAGCCUCAUUGCAUCUUGCAUCAAGCACCCCGCCAUGACAGUCUGUAACAUCUGUGACACCUCAGUCUCUUCACAAGAACCAACCCUUGUGGUUAAUGGCAAUCUAUUUGGAGGUAGCACAGACACACAAAGUAUGUUGACAUCACUCAAUGUUGCGAAAUGUUCGCUUACUGAUGACAUCAUAACAUCAUUGGCCAAUAACGUGCCUGGAUCUCUGCCUAACCUGUCUGAACUGGAUCUAACUGGAAAUACGGCUAUUACUGCGCUUGCUUUGGGAACUCUUUCAACUCUGUUAAACGCAGACGGCCAACCCAGCAACCUAAAACAUCUCCAUCUGGGGUCCUUCAGCAUCAAGGGUCUGUCUAGCAUUCUACAAGGCUCCAGCACCUGGGCCAUGCUUCACACUCUUGACCUUAAAAGGUCAAAGACCACCCCAUCUGAGGUCAGUGAGCUCAGGUCACUGUGUCAGAAGCCAUCUGCGUUGAUCGACCUGUGCCUAGAAGGAUUGAAGUUAUCCGGUUCUGAUGGUUUGAAAGGUUUGCUGGCUUCUGCAGGAUCAACUUGUAGUUUACAGUCCCUGUCAUUGGCCAGUUGUGCCCUGCAAGACUCUGAUCUUCAACCAAUCACAACAGCUGUUAGUGAAGGGCUGGCCAUUCACUCCCUCAAGUUAUCAGCCAAUAGAAUUACAGAUAAAGGAGCGGUUAGUCUGAUGCAGUCUUUUCUAUCAAGACGUGAUGGUUGCUCAUUGGUGGAAUUGAACCUGUCCAAUAACAGACUCACAGAUGAGAGUGCGGACACAGCUGCCAAGAUGCUUGUCUCAACAUCACGGCUUCGCUCUCUGCUCCUGGGGCACAAUUCCAUCGGUGGGGAGGGUCUAACCACUAUGGUGACUGCCCUGAAUCCUUCAGAAGCAUCCAGCCUGAGGAUACUCGAUGUCUCAAGUCAGGACUCCCAUCUGGAUGAGACUGACUUGAUUGAUUUACUCAGCUUAGUGGCUGUGAAACUUGGUUACAAGAUAGAAGAGGGUCGUCCAUUGCUUGGAGGAAGCCCUCUUCCUUCCCAUCCCCAUGGGCUGACGAUACGGCUAGCCGGCCUUGGUGGAUCUCCCGACAACGGACAGUACCUUGACAGUGUGACAGUGAGGACGGACUACACUCGUAGCCAAUCACCAUCGCUGUCUCUCCAACAUGUAUUAGAGAUUGCUGAUUGGCUGAAAGGCUCACUAACAUCAGGAGAUACGGAGGAUUGCAGCAUGACAGCAGAGGAGUGGUCUCAUGUUAUUGGUGUGGCUAAGGACCCUUCCGUUCCAUCCUGGCUACAGGUGUCUGCCCUUCGCUCCCAUGCCAUUUACCUGACUGGGUUACCAGCUAGUGUUUCAGCUGGUAAGCUGGAAGGGGACUUAGAAUCCGAAGCUGACUGCCUCGUUAAGGAAGUCUGCGUAAUGAAGGAUUUCGUUCAGCGGAAACCCAAUGGUAUAGCUUGGGUGUUACUCGCUGAUGAUGCAUCUGUACACAAGGCUUUGAAGUACUUCUAUGAAGGCAAGGCUUUGAUGUUCAGUCAACCCUACAUGAUAUCCUGUAUCAAGCUGUCAGUCACUGCCAAGGACUCAACUCUGGAAGAUGAGAGUAAAGCAAGCCGAGAUUUGGCAGCUAGAGCCCAGGAAACGGCCAAGGAGGAUGCAAAGCACCGAGCUCUGCUUGAAUCCAGCUAUCAAGCCUCACAGGAAAGACAUGAGUAUGCUAAAGCCAACCCUGCCUACGCUGAUGGGAGAAUCUGGUAGACAGGGACAAGACAAACCAUCUU